AGUUUUAACGAAGACAUUUGGUUCACUGAAGAAAUCAUAGUUAACGAUGAGCAAGCACAUUACGUUGGCUGGCUCCAAGCAACCACAUAGAUUUUCUCAGACUAACCAAUAUUUUGAUAUAUUGGUUACUACUUUUCAGUAUUUAUGUGCUAUUUACAGCUGUUUUCUUAAAGGCUAGUGGCAUUUUUUUUUCAUUUAUUUAAAAUAAGAGCAAUAUUAAAUUUCCCUGCCACCCAUCUCCCUUACAAGGUGACCCUGGGCAGCUUACAAAUUGUGAAAACUAGUAAAAUAUAAAUAAAUAGCUAAUCAUAUUAUGUUAGUGGUAAGUAUUGAAUGUAUAUAGCAAUCUAUGUUUGUCCUAAGAUUGGUUUCUGACGCUCUGAUACAAUAUGGUAUGAUACUAUUUUUUAAAAUGAUAGCUUAGACUGAGUCUGCAGUUUUUCAAGUAAUUUUUGUUGUAAUUUAUUUACUUAAAUUUAAAUAUGUACUAUUAUUACUUAAUAAAUGAUUUACUUGCUUUUUUAUGUAAGACUGUUGUUAAUAUAUAGUAUAUAUAGUAUAUAGUAUAUAGUAUAUAGUAUAGUAUAAUAUAAUAAUAUAGACAGGCACGGUGGCUCAGGGGCUAGGCCAUUGAGCUUUUCGAUCGAAAGUUCGGCAGCUCAGCAGUUCGAAUCCCUAGUGCUGAUGUGUAAUGGGGUGAGCUCCCGUUACUUGUCCCAGCUUCUGCCAACCUUGCAGUUCGAAAGCACGUAAAAAGUGCAAGUAGAAAAAAUAGGGACCACCUUUGGUGGGAAGGUAACAGCAUUCCGUGCACCUUUGGCGUUGUCAUGCCAGCCAUAUGACCACGGAAACAUCUUCGGACAGCGCCGGCUCUUCGGCUCUGAAACGGAGAUGAGCACCGCCCCCUAGAGUCGGAACGACUAGCAUGUAUGUGCGAGGGGAACCUUUACCUCUACCUUUAUUGUUAAUAUAUUGGAUUAUUUUCCUGAUUAUAGAGCAUUUAAAUAACUUGUGGGUGUUUCACUCUAUUGUAUUACUAAACUGAAACCUAAGCUACAUUGGGAAAUCUAAGCAGAUGCUGUAUAACAAUAUAGCAUUAAUGCACAUCCUUGAAUCACACAAGGUCCUACUAAGGGUAGAACGGCCAGAGUUUCUGCGCCUUUAAGAACAAAGCAUUGAUCGAUGGUUGCCAGGAAAGGUAAUAGGAUAAAGAAAGUGCUUCCUGUCAUAACUUCUUUUUGCAGGCAGUCAUUAUUAUAGUCAAGGGUCAUUUUGGAGCGUCUAUGUCUUAAAAUAAGCCUUCCUCUGUAAUUAACCCUUGUAGCUUAAGCCCUUCUUUGAAGAUCUCCCCACCCGCCUGUGAGUUUUUUUUCGCCCUCGAGUCCACCCGAAUGGUCGACCGCCCGUUCCUUCGUCUUCUGUUGCUACGCGGUCAGUCCAGAUGAGUUGAGAAGCGACGCUAUUUCCACAGGAGCUACUGAGCGUGCUCGAACUCCCGGAGCAUGCUCAGUGACAGCCAAACUGCAACUUCGGACGGGCGACGAGUUUCACGCGUUCAGCAAAAGGAAUCGCUCCUGGCCCGUAGUAAACGGUUUCCUGCUGCAGGGGCGGCCGCUGCUGUGUGGAGACGGGUGCGGGCUCCUAGAUGGAGCGAAGGGCCAAAGGGAAUCCCGAUCUCUGCUCUCAAAGUGGCAGCUGUCCUAGGGGUCCAGUGCUACACAUCCUGGUGGUCGGUUUCCAUCACAAGAAGGGCUGCCAGAUUGAGUUCUCCUAUCCUUCUCUAAUUCCUGGAGAAAGUCAUGAUAGUAAUACUUUGCCAGAGGAAUGGAAAUACCUGCCUUUUCUUGCAUUGCCAGAUGGUGCUCACAACUAUCAAGAAGACACAGUGUUUUUCCAUUUGCCACCAAGAAGUGGAGAUCGAAGCACAAUAUAUGGGGUCUCUUGUUAUAGGCAAAUUGAAGCUAAGGCAUUGAAAGUACGGCAAGCAGACAUUACUCGAGAAACAGUACAGAAAAGUGUAUGUGUUCUAAGUCAGCUGCCUUUAUAUGGGCUACUUCAAGCUAAGCUGCAGCUAAUUACACAUGCCUACUUUGAAGAGAAAGACUUCUCACAAAUUUCAAUUCUUAAGGAACUUUAUGAACACAUGAAUAGCUCAUUGGGAGGGAGCUCAUUGGAAGGAUCACAAGUUUAUCUUGGCCUGUCCCCACGAGAUCUUGUUCUUCAAUUUAGACACAAGGUUUUAAUUCUUUUUAAGUUGAUUCUUCUAGAAAAGAAGGUUCUGUUUUAUAUCUCUCCAGUUAAUCGGCUAGUGGGAGCAUUAAUGACUGUCUUAUCACUAUUUCCUGGUAUGAUAGAACAUGGUCUGACUGAUUGCUCACAGUACCGACCAAGAAAAAGCACAUCAGAGGAAGUUGGACAAGAAGUUUCGCCUCCUUCCAGUUACUGUGUUUCUUUGUCUGCUCUGGCACUUUCAAAUGCUAAUUUUGAUACAGUUGGAGAAGGCAAAAAAUUGUCAAGAAACCAAGAAAGAGGUACUCAGAGAGCAGAUGUACCUUUAUUCCAAAUUGAGCAUCAGUCCAGUGAAUUUCAUGUCUCCCAGGAUCAUGAAAAAUACUUGAAACCUUCUUUACACACUUCUCCAGAAUCUUCUGAAAGUGAAUGGGAAACCUUAGAUCCUAAUCUCCUAGAGGACCCUAACUUGAAAGAAGGAGAAUGUGAAAUUACUUCAGUAGCAGGACAGGCCAAAUUUCUUCUUAAGGAGUCAGUGAUUUCCAAAAGUGUUCCAAUUACUGUUCAGCCUCAACCUAAUACAGGACACACAGUCUUUGUACCUGGACUUAUUUCUGGUUUGGAAGAAGAUCAGUAUGGUAUGCCAUUAGCUGUUUUCACUAAGGGAUACCUUUGCUUGCCAUACAUGGCGCUGCAACAGCAUCACAUUCUCUCUGAUGUAACAAUCCGCGGUUUUGUUGCAGGAGCCACCAAUAUCCUCUUCCGUCAGCAGAAACAUUUAAGUGAUGCUAUUGUAGAGAUUGACGAAGCUCUUGUCCAGGUCCAUGAUUCCGACCUUAGAAAAGUCUUAAAUCCUACAACAGCUGACCUGAGAUUUACAGAGUUCUUAGUGAAGCAUGUAACUGAAAACAGGGAUGAUGUCUUCCUGGAUGGCACUGGUUGGGAAGGUGGGGAUGAAUGGAUUCGAGCCCAGUUUGGGUCAUAUCUCCAUGCCCUACUUGCUGCUACAGUACAGCCAGAUAGUGAGAAAAUAUUGUCUGACUUUGGAACAGCCUUUGUAGCAGCUUGGAAGAAUACUCAUAAUUAUAGAGUGUGGAACAGUAAUAAACACCCAGCCCUUGCAGAAGUAAAUCCUAGUCAUCCAUUCCAAGGACAAUAUUCUGUUUCUGAUGUAAAAUUAAGAUUAUCACAUUCUGUUCAGAACAGUGAACGUGGUAAGAAGAUUGGAAAUGCCAUGGUUACCAGUAGUCGAAAUGUUGUGCAGACAGGAAGAGCUGUUGGUCAGUCAGUUGGAGGAGCUCUCACCAGUGCAAAAUCAGCAAUGUCUUCAUGGCUUUCUACUUUCACCCAGUCCUCUCAAAGCCUUGGGGAAUAAUUCUUCUGGGGCAAGUUCUUGCAUUUCUUUUAAGAAACCAAAAGGCUUCGCUAUAAAAGCAUAGACCCUUGAAUUCAAGCUGCAUGAAGAUGAACUGCAUCACAGGUUAUAAUUUGGCAACUGCUUUUAUACUUCUUUGCUUUAUAUUUGAAACUUGUUCCAGAUUUAUUUUUGUAUUUUGGAGGAUGGUGAUCUGUCCAUUUAGUUGUAUUUUAAGUUAAAUUGUUUAGCAUUGUUUUUCAGAGUUGAAUUAUAUUUCAGUAUGGAACAUGAUAGUGUAUAUGGAGGUAAUAUUUCAACAUUUAAUACAUAAAAAUAUAUUCACAUUUGUAUUUGUAAUAUCUUUUCCCUUCUGCAAGUUCAAUGUAACUGGAAAUGGAAAUUAAUGAGAUUUAAAUAAGCAAAGAUUUAAGUAGUCUUUAAAAAGGCUAAGAUAGUAUUUAAAAAUUUUACACCAUCUCAUCAUUUAGGUGACAACUAUUGCAGUGUUAGUUAACUUUUCACACCAAAUAAUUCUAAUACUGUUUUUUAUGUUAAUGGGAAUGUAAUGCAAUUUCAUGUAACAUUUAAAUGUCUUGAUCUAAAUACUAACAAAUUACCUACCUCUCCUCAAUUAGGCUCUUUUUUUUCCAUAGCUGCUAUAACAUUUUCUAGUCAGCAUGUGUUAACUAGUAAUUUUUGCCCCAUCUGUUCAAUCAUUUUGAAAGAAAAAAGUGAUCUCAUUGAUGCCUAUGAAAAUACAAUAUGGCCCAGUUUAAAACAAUGACUUAAGAUAUUUAUUUUGGAACCAUUUUCAUUUUGAAAUAAUCCUAUGACCACAAUUGCUGAUUUUCCUUUUCAGAGUUGAUGUAAUGGUAGGAAGAAUGAAUAGAUUGUUAAUACAAAUUAUGACAGCUAUAGCUAGAUUAUUAGGUUUUUAGACAACUGAAUAUUAAAAUUAGUAGUACAUUAUUUCUUUCUUGGCUGCAUUUGGUUUUGUUUACUGUAAUCAGAGAUUCUUGUAUUCUGAAUUUAAGGGGAAAAUAUGAUUGUAUCUUUCUAAAUAAAUUUAUUUCAAAAAUAUUCCUAGUCACAAUUAAUUUCCACAAUUUUCUUAUAAAGUAGGGAUAAGAAUGCCUGUUAUCAAAUUUGUAUUAGCAACAUUCCUGUCUAUUCACUUUUUUUAUUAUUAUUAUUAUUUGCAUUUAUAUCCCGCCCUUCUCCGAAGACUCAGGGCGGCUUACACUAUGUUAGCACUGUGCUGUGUCAGUUCUGAAAUUAGAUUUUUAAUUUAUGCAAUUGCUUUAAUGAUUGGCUACAUUAUCUGGGGUGAAUGGAAAUUCUGAUUAAAUCAUGAAAACUUCUACUGUAAUAUUUUUGUUGUAAUAUAUAUUAGUUUAUAUCUACAGUAAAUAUCUAUUGUGUUCCAAAUCAAUUUUAUGAAAACUAGUAACCAAUUUUGGCACACCAAGUGUCCAUGUGCUACCUUUAUAAAGAUUAAAUAGAAUAUUUGAUAGGUACAUUGCUGCAUAAUGUGGCAAAUGUUUAUAAAGGACAGCUAAUUCCAUUGGAAGGAAGCUAAUUGCCUUUUCCUAACAUUUUGAUAACUGAAAUGUAACAAAUAUCGUGAUUUGUCAAACAACAAUGUUAUUUUAAUAGUGCAUUACUAGUCCUUUUUGUAAAUCUAGUUCUUAAAGUACAAUGCAGUUCUGCACGUAUAACUGUUAACAGGGCUUACAAAGAAGCAUUUUACCACAAGAACUUGCUGUAAAGCUAUCAACU